GACGUCAUAUUGUAGUCCAUUUGACCUCCGAUGCCGGGGAAUCCAUUUGCAGUUUGUUAGCUAAGCUGCUGAAAGUUGUGUAAGAAGGAAAACAAAAGGACAUCCCUCCCAGAAGGACUGGUUGUUUAGCAUUGUUAAGAGGGUCUCUCCUCACACAUCAACCCCGCCACAGCUCCUAAUUCAGAAUUAUCAUUCGGCAAAAAUGUUUUCGCUGUCAACAUCGUUUCAGCCACAGCAGAUGAUAGUGCCCCUCAGCCAACUCAUCAAUGCCCUCCACUCCCUGAAGAACUCAGCCACAGCUUCAGUCCAGACGCUGCACAAAGACUUCUUUCCAGAGCACAGUUCGUAUCUUAAAGAGCCCAGUGUGAGCCUGAGGGAUCUGGGGCUCUCCGAGAUCCGGGUGAGUCAGCUGGAUGAGCUGGUCCGCAGGUUAUUGCCUGUGUCCGGACCAGAGGAACCUCCUGCCGGUUCCUCCAUAUGGAGGUCGAGUCACGUUUCUGCCGACAGCUUCUUUCACAACAAACAUGGGUUUUCACAGAGAAGGAUGGGAGUUUUUGGCUCCCAUAUUUUCCACAGACAAUACCACAGUCCUCUAAGAGAAGCCUGCUCAGAGCUACAAUCAUUGCCUGUAUGGGUCCAGAAUCGGGGCUUCAAGACUCUUCAAUCAAGGACCAGACGAACAGAGUCUGGUUACGACGGUCCGGUGGAGUCGGAGGCCUACACGCCGUCCUUCAUGAAGGGAUUUCUUCAGAGGGAAAAGGUCCCAGAAGCACAAUCACUGGACGAACUGACAAAACAAAAGAACGUUCCCGUUAACCAGCAGGAAGCUUUCAAGACGGGUUUCACCGAGGGCUUCAUGAGGUCUCAGGCCUUCACUCAGAGAACACAAGACUCUCUGAGGAGAACCAGGUUGAUCCUAUUGGUCCUUCUACUUAUUGGUAUUUAUGGAUUAUCAAGAUCCCCGUUUUUGUCGGGUAAAGGCUCCUUUUCUGAUGCUGUGAGGUUCCGCACCACAUCUGGUCUUGACUCAGCAGUCGACCCCGUCCAGGUGAAGAAUGUGACAUUCGAGAACGUCAAAGGCGUCGAGGAGGCAAAGAAUGAAUUGCAAGAAGUUGUCGACUUUCUCAAGAACCCCCAAAAAUUUACUGUUCUGGGCGGAAAACUGCCGAAAGGGAUCCUCCUGGUCGGCCCACCAGGAACAGGAAAGACUUUGUUGGCCCGGGCCGUGGCUGGAGAGGCCGACGUGCCUUUCUACUACGCCUCCGGAUCGGAGUUUGAUGAGAUGUUUGUGGGCGUCGGUGCGAGUCGAAUCAGGAACCUCUUCAAAGAGGCCAAAGCCAACGCUCCCUGUGUCAUCUUCAUCGACGAGCUGGACAGCGUCGGUGGGAAGAGAAUAGAGUCUCCCAUGCAUCCCUAUUCGAGACAAACCAUCAACCAGCUGCUGGCUGAAAUGGAUGGGUUCAAACCAAAUGAAGGUGUCAUCGUUAUUGGCGCUACGAACUUUGCAGAGGCUCUGGAUAGCGCUCUUGUGAGGCCCGGAAGGUUCGACAUGCAGGUCACUGUCCCUCGCCCCGACGUGAAAGGACGCACUGAGAUUCUCAAGUUGUACCUCUCCAAGAUCAAGAUGGACCCGGCCGUGGACGCGUCGAUUAUUGCCCGGGGCACAGUGGGCUUCACCGGGGCCGAGCUGGAGAACCUGGUCAACCAGGCCGCCCUGAAGGCCGCCAUGGAUGAGAAGGAGAUGGUCACGAUGAAGGACCUGGAGUUCGCUAAGGACAAGAUCAUCAUGGGCCCGGAGAGGAAGAGCGUUGAAAUCGACAAGAAGAAUAAGACCAUCACGGCCUACCACGAGUCCGGCCACGCCAUUGUUGCCUACUACACCAAAGAUGCAAUGCCCAUCAACAAGGCCACGAUCAUGCCCAGAGGCCCGUCUCUUGGCCAUGUGUCCCUGCUCCCCGAGAACGACCGCUGGAGUGAGACGCGAGCCCAGCUGCUGGCCCAGAUGGAUGUCAACAUGGGCGGCAGAGUGGCAGAGGAGCUCAUCUUUGGAGACGAGUACAUCACCACUGGAGCCUCCAGUGACUUUGACGGAGCCACCAAAAUAGCAAAAAUGAUGGUGACCAGGUUCGGCAUGAGUGACAAGCUUGGUGUGAUGACCUACGGUGACGUGACCAAGCAGAGCCCCGAGACGCAAGCCAUCAUCGAACAGGAAAUCCGGGUGCUGCUGAAUGACUCGUACGAACGUGCUAGACACAUCCUGAAGACUUACAGCAAAGAGCACAAGAAGCUGGCGGACGCCCUGCUGGCACACGAAACUCUGGAUGCCAAAGAGAUCCAGAUGGUGCUCGAGGGCAAAUCCCUGGACCAGCAGUUGAUUCAGUAGAGAUUUUAGACUCUUGUAUCAUGUAAAUAUGAAGCUGUGCAAAUAUGCACAGGCCCUCUGGGAGGCCUUGUAUUUCCUUUGUCUUUUUUUUCUCCAUUUCUUUCCUGUGUUUCCUGUAGAGAGCAUCUUUGGUUUCAGAUUUUAAACGCACUCAGUGUAACGGCGUGGACAUAAAUAUUCUACUAUAGUAGGACGUUUGAGGUGUCCUUCACUGUGUAGUAGUCGUUUUAUGCAUCAGUCAUGUUUGGUCUAAAACAAGGUUCUCAGGCAAAUGCUUUUGACAAAGAUCAUGUUUAAUCGAGAUGAAUGAUUUCAUGUAGAUCUCAUUUAAAGUUCGUACGGACCGGUGAGCACCGUAGGACCUUGAAGUACCUCCACCUGGUGUUCCAUGUGGCUGCAGCAGAGCACAGCUGAUGCCGCUGUUCACAUUAGCUUUCUCUCUGACUGACGUCUGAGAUGCAUCAAUUUGUUCUUAUUUAUUUAAGUGCCCAAAGGUUUUUCUUUUUCUCAAAUUAGUGAUAUGCCCUAUUUUAAGCUCACAUGUAGCGGAUCAAUUUUGGGAAAUGUAUAUAAACAUACGCGCUAUGUAUGUGUGUGAAAGGAUCGACUUUGUGCUUCACUUUGUUCCUUUUUGGAGCUGAAAUAAAGGUUACCUUUACUCGGG